UGACGUUUCCUUGACACUGGUUUGCUGUUUGCUAACAACAAUGAAAAGGAGUAGCAAUUUAAACGGUGCUAACACAUUUUGCUAAGCCUCUUCUUCAAGGUUGAUACCGGCCCUCUGUCAGUACUGGAUGCAGAGACCGCUCCUUUUACUAUCUCAAAAGACAGUCUCUGCAGGCUUUCAGCCGCUUGGCACAUUUGUCAGGUGUCAGCACCUCUGGAAAGGGCGUAGAAGCGUUUCUGUCCCUUCAUGCUUUAAACAAAUACCCCCCUCUGUUCAUGCAAUAACAUUUUCCCGGCAAAUCCAUAACUUGUCCUUAGUUUCCAGCGUCCUCCAUAAAGAUCCCCCCAGGCUUUCUUACCAACAGUUUUUCUGCGACCAGCCCGACAUGGCUGAUCAGAGGUUCAUCGUGGAGUACGCCAAACGUGGCACUGCAGGAUGUAAAAAGUGCAAGGAGAAAAUCAUGAAGGGGAUAGUGCGCAUAGGGAAGGUUGUGCCGAACCCUUUCAGCGAGUCUGCAGGAGACAUGAAGGAGUGGUAUCACAGCAAGUGUAUCUUUGAGAAGCUGGAGAGAGCCAGAGCCACCACCAAGAAGAUCGAGGACAUCACAGACCUGGAGGGCUGGGAGGAGCUGCAGGACGAGGACAAGGAGCUCAUUAACAAACACGUCUCAGACCUGAUGGCCAAAGUCAAUGCGAGUCCGAAAAAGAAGGUUCAGGCGAAGCUGAACACGUCGGGCCAGACGAUGACUCCUCCUGCCGACCCGACGCUGAACGCUCCACGCAAGUUCUCAGGCUUCACCGCUACGAAGGCUGGCAGCUCCAGCAGCCCGGGUCCUUCCUCUUCUCCCUCCUCUUCCUCGCCCAGUCAAGGCAGCGCUCUGUCCAGUCAGCUGUGCGACCGCAACCACAAGGACUGUCUCUUCCGAGAGUUCAGGAAGCUGUGUGCGAUGGUGGCAGAACACAACAGCUACAACACCAAGACGCAGAUCAUCGAAAAGUUCCUCAGGAAGGGCUCAGCCGGGGAUAAGUUCCACGGAGAUCUUUACCUGACGGUGAAGCUGCUUCUGCCGGGCGUCGUGAAAAGUGUCUACAACCUGAACGACAAGCAGAUCGUUAAACUGUUCAGCCGCAUAUUCAAGUGCAACCAGGACGACAUGGUGCGCGAUCUGGAGCAGGGCGAUGUGUCUGAGACGGUGCGGAUGUUCUUCGAGGAGAGUAAAUCAUUUCCUGCGGCUGCCAAGAGCCUCCUGACCAUACAGGAAGUGGACGCCUCGCUGACCCGCCUCGCCCUGCUCACCAAGGAGGACGAGCAGCAGACUGAGCUGGAGGAAAUCUCCAAAAAAUGCACCAGUAAUGACCUGAAAUGCAUCAUUCGCCUUAUAAAACACGACUUAAAGAUGAAUUCCGGAGCAAAACAUGUCCUGGACGCUGUGGAUCCAAAUGCUUACGAUGCCUUCAAGGCCUCUCGUAAUCUGGGAGACGUGAUUGAGCGUGUGUUAAGGAACCAGCAGGAGGCGACUAACGGCUCCGGACCCCGGAAACUGCUCACUGUGGAGGCCUCUCUCAUGACCCCUGUGCAGCCCAUGCUGGCGGAGGCAUGUAAAUCCAUCGAGUACGCCAUGAAGAAAUGUCCCAACGGGAUGUACUCAGAGAUCAAAUAUGACGGAGAACGCGUGCAGGUCCACAAGAACGGAGACAGCUUCAACUACUUCAGCCGCAGCCUCAAGCCAGUGCUACCACACAAAGUGGCUCAUUUCAAGGAGUUCAUCCCUCAGGCGUUCGUUGGAGGCGACAGCAUGAUCUUAGACGCUGAAGUGCUUCUGAUCGACACCAACACCAGUAAACCUCUGCCCUUCGGCACCCUUGGAGUUCACAAGAAACAGGCCUUUCAAGAUGCCAAAGUGUGCCUUUUUGUCUUUGACUGCAUCUACUUCAACGGCGUGAGCCUCAUGGAGAGGCCUCUGUGUGAGCGCAGGAAGUUCCUUCACGACAACAUGGUGGAGGUUCCCAACCGGAUCCUGUUCUCAGAGAUGAAGCACGUCACUAGGGCGGGAGAUCUGGCAGACAUGAUCACUCGAGUCAUCAGAGAGGGACUGGAGGGCCUGGUGCUCAAAGACCUGAAGGGCAUGUAUGAACCGGGGAAGCGUCACUGGCUGAAGGUGAAGAAGGACUACCUGAACGAAGGAGCGAUGGCCGACACCGCGGACCUGGUGGUGCUGGGAGCUUUCUACGGGAAGGGAUCAAACGGGGGCAUCAUGUCCAGUUUCCUGAUGGGCUGCUACGACCCUCACUCGAAGAAGUGGUGCACCGUCACCAAGUGCUCCGGCGGCUACGACGACGCCAUGCUGGCUCGACUCCAGAAGCAGCUGGACAUGAUCAAAAUCAGCAAGGAACCCAGCAAAAUCCCAGGCUGGAUAAAAGUCAUCAAGAACUAUUAUCCAGAUUUCAUUAUUCGGGAUCCUCAGAAAGCUCCAGUCUGGGAGAUCACAGGCGCAGAGUUUUCCAAAUCAGAAAUGCACACGGCUGACGGCAUCUCCAUCCGAUUCCCCCGCAUGACACGCGUCCGAGAUGACAAGGACUGGAAGACCGCGACCAACUUAGAUCAGCUCAGGGAGCUCUUCCGCAUAUCGAAGGAGAACAGUGACUUUAAAGUGACGGCCGGACCCUCCGCUAACGACGGGAAGGGAUCCUCAGGAGGAGACAGCGGAGGAAGCUCCCCUUCCUCCUCCUCACAUGCAGGCCCUCCACCCAAGAAGACCAACGCCAGAACACCCAAACCAAAGGUGAUCAAAUCUGAGCCUCGCACUCCGGGAUAUGACGCUCCCAGUGCCAAGAAGGUGAAGGUUGAGAAAAUUGAAAAGACCGUGAAGACUGAGAGCGUUCACAGUAAUGGGAAAACACAAACGAAGCCAACUUCCCAAAUCCUGCAGCCGAGGAACGACAAGACGCUGCUGGACAUCUUCAGCGGGGUGAAGCUCUUCCUGCCCUCCUCCGUGCAGGACUUUGACAAACUGAAGCGCUACUUCGUGGCGUAUGACGGAGACCUCGUGGCAGACUUCGAGGUUUCGAUGGCAACACACACGCUGACCGAACCCGACGAGGACAGCUCGGCACAGAAAGUGACAACCAGCUGGAUCUGGGAAUGCAUCCGCAAGAGGCGCGUCGUACCUCCCUGUUAAAACAAACAAACAAAACACACAUUUUUACAGUUAACCGUUUUUUUAAGAGAACAUUGUGUGGACACUAAGGCCUGAUUAUUAUGCCUAGGGCUUUAAUAUCACACUGCCAUCAGGUUGUUUAAUUUAUUCUUUCCAAGCAGAGAAUACUUUAGGUUUGGGCUUUUUAGUUUGACCAUUUUCUGAUAAUUGGAACAUUUUGAAUACCUGGGAAUACAUGGUUGUAGUUAAUUUCCUGAUGAUAGUGUGUAUGAGUGAGUGGACAUGUCCUGUAGAUGUAGUUUUUGUAAGAACAUUUCAAAAAGAAAUGACGUUAAAGAAGCUACCAACGAGUACAGUUAAACAUGAAAUGCAUUUUACAAAGAUCAUGUAACAACUCAGUAAAGGCCUGAAAAUGAAUACGCUGCAGAAAUAAGAUGGUGGGGUUUUAUCAGUAUUGUGCAUUAUUUUUAUCGCCUGAGAGGAACAAUUUUUUUGCGAGCUAUUAAACCCCGGCUCACAAACUGAGAAAAAAACUAAUUUGUCUGCAGAAAGGAAUAAACAAAAUGCUGAUAAAGAAAAUAAAAUGUUUCCGUAACUUCA